GACUUGGAAGGCAGAAGCGUUAGUACCACUUCCUUGUGCUCGUUGCGAUCCCAGAAAAAGCAUUCUUCUAAACUAAUAAAGAAAGCUCUAAACCAGACGGAAGUUGAAGAAAAACUUAGUCUGCAAAUUGAGGCUGAGAAGCGAUUAAAAUUGCGUCAGGAUGCCGAACGAAGAUAUAUGGAUUAUGCACUAGAUAAUGCAUGUAAAAAGCUUGCUGAUCAGUUUCUUGGAAGUGUUGCAGUAGACUCUGCAGGCGUAUUUCGAAAUGUUGUAGCUGGUUUAGGAACUAUGGUGUCAAAAAUACCUCAGAAAGAUCAAUUCCCUGCAUAUGACAUAACUAAGGAAACCAGCAUGCAGCUUAGUCUUGAAGACCAACUUGGUGGGUUUGAAGCUCAGAGGGAAACUUAUCACGAAACUGAAGGCCACCUGAUCUCACAUGGAAAUUCAGAAAAUUCGUCUGUGGAAGAUUUCUAUGUUCUUGCUGACGAUGACAAGAUAAUGGAGCAGAGUUUGGAUAAUGACCCUGCAGAAGCUUACUUGGUUUUGGAUACUGCUGAAAUGGGAACCUCCAGUCAUAGAACUUAAUUUCAUCAACCCACAUCUACAUGGUGUGCUAAGGCACUCUGGAUGAAAGAACAAAACAACCUUUAUGUUGUUUGCUUGUGGAGUUUCAUAAUUUAAGAUUUUUGUUCUGGUGUAAAACUUUGGCAGCUUAGUUCUGCUUUGCUAGUGGUUAUUUCUUUUUUUGACUGCUCA